ACCGUGUCGGUUUCUUAGCCAGCCGGAAUUGUGAGACACCGAGAUCAGUCCUUCGCUGUUGGUCACGUUGGGGCCUACGAUUUGGAUAUCAGGAACGGGGAACAUGUGUCGAUGUGCCGAUGUGCCGAUGCGCCACCCUCCCGCUGUCUUCUGCCUCUCCCAUCCACUGUGUUAUGGGAGUGGGAGUCAGGCUGCGUCGUUGUCCUUGCACGGGUUGAAUCGUAUAACGGUCAGUACACAAGAUUCUGAUGCAGGAUCAGUUCUUGUAGCCUGGGUUCGACUCCCAGUUCGACCUGAGGUGCUGUACAAAUGUUCAGCUAGCUUCGUUUUGCUACCGAGCCAGAGGGGUCGUGUCCCAUCCAGUAGAGUCUGAAUGUGACGCUGUUCGCCACACUUCUGGCCGUGAACAGGAAGUUUAGCUGUGCACAGUACCCCGCGUGUGACUGAG